UUUUUUUUUCUUCAGCAUUGACUUUGACUACCUGAGCGCCUGAAGUGACUGGCAAUAUAUGGAAAGAAUUGCACAUACUUAUGGUACAGUUCUUUUUUUUGUUUUUACAUUUUUUUUUUAUUCAAGGGAGCUCCAAGUGGAUGUGCAAAGAGCCUUUGAAAUGUGUAUCUGCAACAGAAAGCUAGCAUUGCUUUCGCUGUGGAGUUAGAACUUCUGCAUGUUUGAGUGAACUUGACACUUAACCCCUCCAGCCCUCCAGGUUUCCAGCAGUACCCGCAGACACAGAGCCAUUUCAGAGAUCGUAGACACAAGCGUGCCCAACGACAGCCGCGAUGGCAAGUCCGUUCCGAGCAGACGGUGAUGUCACCAGACGACCGGGCUGAAUCCAGCAAUCUGAGCCGAGAGGAAGAAAGGAGGAAGAAUCCGAAAGGGGGGGGGGGUGGGGGGGGGGGGGGGUGACAGAACAUGGGCAGCAGCGACUUCGCCGCUUCCAACGCGGCAGACCUGUCGUCAGAAGCGAAGGCUGAACAGCAGGAGGCGGUAAGAGAGAGGACGGCGGCGGAAGAGGGUCUGUCGCCGCGGAAAUGGCGCUCACCGCCAGAACGGAAGACGUCACGGGCGAUGUUGUCCCCGACAAGAGGAAGCCAAGUGCACAGGUCACAGGAUGAGGGACUCCCUAGAGAAUGCAGGCGGUCUCCAUCGAGACCCCAGAGGGGGGAGGCGCCCCUGCAGGGGGGUGUGCGGGACCGGGUCCGAAAAGCAGAGGAGGCGCGGGGGUCGGGACCCUUCUUCUAUUUCGGAGGGGGCAACGGGGCCGCCAUAGUGACAUCAUACUGCGAGAGCCGAGGGUGGCGGCGUAUCCAUGACAACACGCGGGAAGACUACAAGCUGAAGUGGUGCGAGGUCAAGUCGAAAGUCGCCUACUACAACUUCAGGGAAGGGGAGCAGCUGCUGUUCCAGAUCCCCAGCAACAAGGUCCUGACCACUAAGAUCGGGCUGCUGUGCAGCCUGCGGGAGUACGAGCGCGUCAGCAGCAAGGUCAACCACGGCCGCGGCCUGAGGAGGCUGAAGAUGGAGGACUUUUUCCCUGACACCUUCCGCAUGGACGUCAGAGAUGAGAAAGAGGCCUUCUUCGCUCAGCACAACGCGGCGGUGGCGGCGGGGGACGGCGGCUCCCAGGCCUGGAUCUGCAAGCCCACGGGCCUGAAUCAGGGGCGGGGCAUCUUCCUGCUGCGCACGGAGGAGGAGCUACGGGCCUUCCAGGCCCAGCUGCAGAGCACCGAGGAGAACCAGAACCGCAGGAGGAGGCCCCCCCUCCGUCCCCCCCAGGCCCGAAUCGUACAGAGGUAUAUCCAGAACCCCCUGCUUCUGAAAGGCAGGAAAUUCGAUGUGCGGUCCUACUUCCUCAUCGCGUGCACCGCACCCUACAUGGUGUUCUUUCGCCACGGUUACGUCAGGCUGACCUGUGACCUCUACGAUCCCAACUCAAACAACCUCUCUGCCCAUCUGACCAACCAGUACAUGCAGAAGAAGAACCCGCGGUACAGCGAGCUGAAGGAGGAGACCGUGUGGUCCAUGGAGCGCUUCAACACCUACGUUAACGAGCAGUUCAGGGAGGCCAAGGCGCUCCCCCAGGACUGGGCGCUCGGCGCUUUCGCGAAGAGAAUGCAGGUGGUGAUGACGCAGUGCUUCCUGGCGGUGAGGGCCAAGCUGGAACGCAGGCUGGGCCUCUUCGAUCUCAUUGGCUGCGACUUCAUGAUUGACGAGGACUUCAAGGUGUGGCUCCUGGAGAUGAACUGCAACCCUGCUCUCACCACCAACUGCCAGGUGCUGAAGGAGGUGGUGCCCAGCACAGUCGAUGAGACUCUUGACCUGACGCUGGAGAUCUUCAGUAAGUGUCAGAGCGGGGCGAAGCUGCUGCCGCUGGCCAGCCAGAGGAACUUCGUUCUGCUUUUCGGGGGCGACCAUGUCCCGGAACACCAGGGCAGGAACGCCGUGCGCCACAGGGUGCCCCCCCAAAAGAGCACCGCGACCCCCAGGACCCAGAGAGCGGCCAACGAGGCCGCGGAUGGGGGGAGGAGCCUGCCCGCCCCCUCGGCCCAGGCUCCGCCCCCAAACCCGCGCAAAGGGGGGGAGAACCGCAGGCCGCUGGCGGUGAAGGUCCACAAGCCCAGGGGAACCUGGCUGCCCGUCCCGAAAUCCGUGCACCUGGACACGGGCCCCUGGGAGUGCCCCUCGGAGGCCCCGUGGCUCCACCGGCCGAACGUCCAAAACAGGGGGCGGAGGAGCAACGUCGCCCUGCUCUCCGCCCCCGGGCCGGGCGGCGAAUCACAAGCCGAGAGGUCUACCUCACCGCUGAGGGACCAGCAGCACAUCAGCGCCUGCCUGCAAUCCGCACAGCUGCUCGCGCACCAGGGUCAGCUGACCCAACCCUGCGAGGAGGAGCAACACGGAGACCAGCAGUGACCCAGAGGUGGGCAGCGGGGAGUGAGGCCCGGGGACCUGAGAAGGCAGUCGUUGAACAGGUGCAAGUACACCGGCCGGGUGGGCAGCUUGAACUUUGACCCGGAAAUGCUCAUGGUCUGAGUGUCGACCUCCAGCAGUUCUCCGUGCUUCACCAGCCACCGAGACUGGGAUAUGAGAGGGAAAAUCUGAAAAAAGGAAACCACAGAAGAAGCAUGUCUAAAUACAUAGAAUGUGCGAGUCCAACAAUAAUCAUUCGCUGAAAAUUGGAAAGCACCUGAGAUGGACUUUCAUCAAACCAAAGCCCUAUCAAAACUCAAAGAUCUUUUUGCCUCCUGAUGUUUGAGAACCCAUACAAUGCAAAUGUAGUAUAUAAAAAUGGUCUUCCAUCCUAACAGAUGCAUAUAUAUUUUGGUGUUUAGGAGACAAUAUUCUCCAAGGGAACUUGGAGAAUGCUGUAUAAUAAGGUUCAAUUUAUUAUAAACGAAUGCCUUGUCAAACAUGAAUGAGUGUAUAUAAUAUAUAAAUUCUUGUCCAAGUUAAAUGAGCCAUCAACAAGUUCAUUAAAUGCAACAAAUGUUU